AUGGCACGGACGGCAACUUCUGCCUCUCCAGACCCAACAGAGAGGGCUCCGUUGCUCGCAUCACCUACUGCCCCUACAGGCUACAGCACCGACAAUGGCUGCCACGGCACAGAUAGUCGCCCAAGAGUUCCAGCCUCCCCCCCACGGACGGUCUGGCCGAUUGCUACGAUUGAGCUCUGCGAGCGGUUCGCCUUUUUCGGAGUCGUGGGACCAAUGCAAAACUAUGCGCAGAAUGCAGUCGAUGAUCCCUUGCGGCGGGGUGGUCUUGGACUCGGACAAGCCAAGGCCACCAUGCUGAAUCAAUCCUUUCUGCUGUGGUGCUACAUCACACCUAUAAUAGGUGCUGUGGUUGCGGACCAGUACCUGGGCCGCGUCAAGACGAUUUUCAUGGCCUCGGCUCUCUACGUGGCCGGGCUGCUCUCGCUAUGUCUAUCGGCAUCAUCAGCAGCCCAAAAUGUGGAAUUGGCUCGAUUGACACUAGUAACUGCCUUGUUUCUUAUUGGAAUCGGCGCGGGCGGCAUCAAGACCAACGUGAGCGCCCUCAUUGCAGAGCAGUACACAGAAAGCGAUACUAUUCGCAUCAACAGCUCGGGGGAAGAAGAGAUUGUAGACCGAGACCUGACACUACAGAGAAUAUUUUUGCUAUUCUUCCUCUUCAUCAACGUCGGCUCCCUCUCCGCCUCGGUCUGCACCGUCAUUGAGCAGCGAUACGGCUUUACACUGACCUUUGCCACCUCAACGCUAGUCUUUGUGGUAGGCUUUGUCGUCUUACUCUCACGAAGAAGCAGUUUUAUCACGAGUGCGCCCCAAAAGUCCAUCAUCCUCCACGCAGGACAUGCACUCUGGCUGUCGCUCCGACGAGGCGGCGGCUUACAGCAAGCUCGUCCUGAUGCACACCCGAAUCGACGGCUGCCCUGGGACGACGCAUUCAUCGACGACCUCGGCCAGGCCUUGUCCGCUUGCAAGCUUUUUCUUCUUUACCCCUUCUACUGGGCAGCAUGCAGUCAGUUUGCGACCAGUUUUGUCUCCCAGGCCGCCACCAUGGAGACGGGUCGCCUGCCUAGCGACGCCCUCGUCUUUCUCGAUCCCGUUACCACCAUCACCCUGCUGCCGGUCCUCGACCGCGUCGUCUUUCCAUACUUUCAACGCCGCGGCUCGCCCAUCACCUACCGGCAUCGCGUGACAGCCGGAUUCCUGCUCUGCGCCGCCAGCAUGCUUUAUGCCGCUACCGUCCAGACUCGGGUCUACGCUGCGCCGCCCUGCUACGAUCGACCCCGCGCGCGCGAAUGUAUGGGCGGCGCCGUCCCCAACCAAGUCUCCGUCUACUGGCAGGUGCCUGCCUACGUGCUGGGUGCCGCCUCGGCGGUUAUGGCUGCUGUCGCAGCCAUCGAGUAUGCCUAUACGCGCGCGCCGGCGUCGAUGAAGUCGCUCAUCAUGGCCAUUUACCUCUCUACUACGUCGCUCGGCUCCCUGCUCGCCGUCUUCGUGACGCCGCUGACUCAUGACCCUCUGCAAGUUUGCAUGUACGUAACGCUGGCCGUCGGGCCGCUGGCAGCCAGUCUGAUUGUCUGGGUGAGACCGCAGCUUGUGCAAGAUGUCAAGGGUGAUCCUCCUGUACAAGGCUGA